CUGGUCAAAAACCAUUCAGUUUUUGUAUUGGAUUCGCAAGGCAUCGACGGCCCAAGUCGCGGAGGCCCUGGCUCCUCUUGACCGCCAUUAUCACUGCCGUUGACAGUGAUGGAUUCUAUCAAUAAUUUCUUUCCAAAAUGAACAGAAAGGAAAUUUUACAGUGAACUUCAGUCGGACACGCAAGUGCAUCAGCCGCCGGCAGCUGCGUUCAUGGAUUUUAUCAUCGUUCAUGGUCAAAACUCUCUCUCCCUCCCCCCUCUCUCUCUCUUUCUCUCUCUCCAAAGUAUAUAGUUCGGGCACUGCUCGCUCCCUGUUCUCAUAAACCAUUUACUCGGCAGGAAUCUAGCAGCCGUAUUACAGAGUUCACAUGGCUUCCUUUCAUCCAACCCUGAUUAUCUCCUUAGCGCUCUGCUGGUACUUGUUGUUGGCCACGCUCAUCCUUCAAAGCAGCAUUUGCCAAUCAGCAGGCACCACCAUGAAUCCGAGCAACGUCACUGAUGAAUCCGCCUUGCUUUCCUUCAAGUCUAAAGUCACUCACGAUCCCUAUGCUGUCUUGUCGAGCUGGACUCCUAACGUCUCCUUCUGCGCAUGGACGGGAGUCUGGUGCAGUAGACGUAGGCAACGAGUCGUAGAACUGAACCUGACCGGGAUGGCCCUCGAAGGUACUCUCUCUCCGGACAUCGCCAACCUCUCCUUCCUGCAAGUUCUAUCUCUCAGGAACAACUCCUUCCGCGGCGACCUUCUUUCCGUCGACUUCGACCGCUUGUUUCGCCUGAGAGUUCUCCGUCUGUCACUCAACGAACUGGAAGGGACCAUUCCCCAGAGCUUGGGCCGUUGCUCCAGUCUAGAAAGCCUGAUUCUCUCCUACAACAAGUUCACAGGCAGCAUCCCCCCCUGGUUAGGGGGUCUACCAAACCUGAAGACUUUGUCCCUCGGUUAUAACCUGCUUGGUGGCACCAUCCCUCCGGCCUUGGGGAACCUUUCGAAGCUUGAAUAUCUUCAUUUGACUCAAAACAAUUUGGCCGGAAACAUACCAGGCGCUCUCGGAGAGCUGUCGAAUCUCAACUUCCUGUCGAUCGGUCUCAAUAAGCUCACCGGCGCCAUCCCCCGGACGCUAGGAAACCUUUCAGCGCUUCAAACGCUUGAGUUGUACCAGAACGGCCUAUCAGGGGAGAUACCAUAUGAGUUGGGAAGCAUUUCCGGCCUGCAGAUCCUGAAUCUUGGGUGGAACUUUUAUGAGUCCACUGUUCCAUCCUCUAUCUUUAACAUCUCUUCUCUUCAAUCUCUAACCUUAACAUACAGUCGCCUGUUCGGGCAGCUCCCGGCCAACAUCGGCCAGACACUCCCAAAUCUUGAAGAACUCGUCCUGCCCACCAAUAAUUUCAGCGGCCGUCUGCCUGCCUCCCUCGCCAAUGCUUCCAUGCUCAGAACGAUCGAGGUAGGAGUCAACAACUUCGACGGCCCGAUGCCAAUGGAGUUGGGCAACUUGCCAAACCUCGAAACACUGAAAAUCUGGCAAACCAACGUGACCAACGCGCCUGGUGACCCGGAGCUUUCCUUCCUUAACUCUUUAACCAAGUGCAGAAUUCUUAAGGUCCUCAUUCUCUCUCAGAACCGAUUACGAGGCACCCUUCCAGCUUCGAUCGGCAAUCUAUCGACCAACCUCCGAGAACUCCAUCUGGCUGAGAACCAGAUUCAAGGUAGAAUCCCUUCCGAAAUAGUGAACCUGACGAACUUGACCAUCUUGUCCAUGGGCGGCAACAACUUCAAUGGCGUCAUUCCUGAAAACAUCGGGCAGCUGAGGAACCUGCAGAAACUAUCCUUUUACGGUAACAUGCUUGAGGGAUCGAUCCCGAACCAACUUUAUAGUUUGGAAAACUUGGGCGAGUUGUACCUUUACCGAAAUCAAUUUUCUGGAUCGAUAUCAGAUGCAGUACAAAAUCUCACAAACCUCGCGGUGUUAUAUCUCCAGUCCAACAACCUAUCAUCUGCCUUCCCAUCUGGACUUUGGAGAUUGGAGAACCUACGUCUUGUCGAUCUGUCACAGAACUUUUUAAUUGGGUCACUACCAACUGAUGUUGUGCGCAGCUCAGCCUCACUCAGCUGUCUAGAUCUAUCAGCUAACAAGCUAUCAGGGAGCCUGCCCGGUGAACUGUCAAAGUUGCAGAUGCUUCAGACCCUCAACUUCUCAUGGAACUCCUUCCAAGGCCUAAUUCCACCCACUUUUGGUAGUUUGGUAGCCAUUGAAACCAUAGACCUCUCCCAUAAUUCCAUCGAUGGCACAAUUCCGGAGUCACUGGCAUCACUUAAAAAUCUCCAUUUCUUGGACCUUUCUUUCAACCAAUUGGAAGGGGAAAUACCAAACCAUGGUAUAUUUACGAAGCUGAACGCCGACUCAUUUAAGGGAAACCCUGCUCUUUGUGGAGCACCAAUGUUCCAAGUACGUCUUUGCCCAACAAGAUCAAAUCGAAAGACAAAAGCCCGCACCAUUGUUGCAUGCAUUGUUGCAGGAAUCUUAGUAGGAACCAUUUCGUGCGUAUUGUCUCUAAUAUUGUGUCGUAGAAAGAGGACGAAAACGCGGGUUCCUGAAGACGAUUCACCAAGAAUCGAGCGUCCGAUCGUCUCCUACCUCGAGCUAUCACGUGCUACUGAGAGCUUCAGCGAGAAAAACCUGCUCGGCAGCGGCAGCUUCGGCUCGGUGUACAGAGGAACCCUUCACGAUGGAACGGUUGUUGCGGUGAAGGUUUUGAAUAUGCACGUAGAGGGAGCAAACAAGACUUUCGAUGCAGAAUGCGAGGUUCUCCGCAAGGUGAAACACAGAAAUCUGGUGAAGAUCAUAACUGCGUGUACCAAUCUCGAAUUCAGGGCUUUGGUUUUCGAGUACAUGCCCAACGGGAACCUGGACGAAUGGCUGUUCUCCGGUGGCGGCCACCGACGUUUGAAUCUCCUUGAGAGAGUGGAUAUCAUGGUCGACGUAGCGUGCGCGCUAGAAUAUCUGCAUCACGACCAUCCGGAGCCGAUCGUUCACUGCGAUUUAAAGCCGAACAACAUCCUUUUAGACGAUAACAUGACGGCACACGUUGCAGACUUUGGAAUCGCGAAGAUGCUGUUGGGGAACAAGUCUUCGACUCUCACCUCUGUUCUUGGCACCAUGGGCUAUAUCGCACCAGAGUUCGGGUUGGCCGGGAAAGUGACAACCAAAGUGGAUGUCUAUAGCUACGGCAUCUUGCUGCUGGAGACUUUCACAGGAAAGAGGCCAACCGAUGCCAUGUUCGGUGGAGAUUUAAGCCUGCGUCAAUGGGUGGCGGCGGCUUUAACAAGAGCAAUAUCCAACGUAGUGGACGACUCUCUUCUUCUUCUUCAUCAUGAUGCACUGACCAACAGUACCAGUGAUGAGCAGAGAUCAGGGACGGAUGAUUCGAUGGCGCUCCAUGAAAUCCUUGUGCCGAUCAUGGAGAUAGGGUUAUCGUGUUCGAAGGAAACUCCAGAAGAUAGGAUGACCAUGCGAGAAGUGGUAGCAAGUUUGAAGAAAGUAAGAGGUAAGAUGCAAGAUCUGCGAGUGUUUCCAAGCACAAGUGCUACCGCCGUUUGAAUAUUUGAAGCUCUGAAAAGCAGAGUGGUUGGUGCGGAAAGGCAUAAAACAGGAAUACUAAGAAAUAAUCUAAGGUGGCCGGGAUAAUUCCUGAACUACGGAAGGCCAUGUGGACCUUUCCAUAGAUUGGCGCUGUGAUUCAUAUAGCAAUCUCAAAAUAAAUGUCUCUCCUUGUAUGUUAAGAAGCAGGGAACUGAAAUCUGAUGCUGCCACACAUUGCCGGAUUACAAAAAUAUUUAAGAACUGUCACUAAAAACACUACUUAUCAGAUGUUUUGGCAACAUUUGUUGGUACAGUGACAGUUUAUGGUACUUGGAUAACAAUUUAUGUGUGGUUUGUUUGGAUGGAGGGAAAGAAAACAAGAGGAAUAAAAGAGAUUAUUAUAA